AUGAAGAGGAAAGGAGGCGGCGCGGCCACCUCACCUGCAGCAGCUGCGCAGGAGAGCAAAAAACGGACACAGCCGGGGGGCCUGCUUGCCGCAUCCUCCCCGAGCGACGACGACACGUCGGCAGCCGCCACGGCCUUCCGUGAGCGCGCCGUCUUCAAGGUCGCCAUCUUGUCACGCGUGCUCAUGCUCCUCAUCGCCACCUUCCUGGGCGAGAUGUUCAGCGAUUUCGACGAUUCGACUGCAUCUUCAUCUUCCUCCUCUGCCGCGCUGCCGACCAAGUUGGACGGCAUAGUCGAGACGAGCGUGGGCCAUUUGGCCAAGUGGGACGGGGUCUACUUCGUGGACAUCGCCCAGCACGGCUAUCGCUUCGAACACUUCCACGCCUUCUUCCCGGCCCUCCCGCUCGCCAUCUCCUUCCUCAACCGCACCUUUUUGAAGGUGCUGUGGGUCAAGGGCUUUGCGAGCGAGUACAACAGCGCAGUGAUGGCCGGCGUGUUCGUCACCAACGCCUUCUUCGUCCUCUCCGCCGUCGAGCUCUAUCGGUUGUCGAGGCUGGUGGUCAAGAAGGAGAUCUUCGCGACCAAGACCGUUCUGCUCUACUGCCUCACGCCAGCCAACAUCUUCAUGACCGCCAUAAGCGCUGGGAAUCCGCGCUCACACUCGCUGGCACUUGCCUCACCCGCGCUGCCCCCCUCCCUUUCUCCAAUCGCUCUCCGUCGCCGUUUUCCGCAAGCGGCUCUCACAUUCCUCGCGGUCUGGCUCGGGACGGCCCUGCGCUGCGCCGUAGUCGUGGCCCCGCUCGUUGGCUACCUCACCUGGAGCUACCUCCGCUACUGCAGUCCGACCAAUCCGACGCGCGGCCAGCACGAGUGGUGCGACGCCGCGGUGCCCAACAUCUACGCCUACGUGCAGGCCAAGUACUGGAACGUGGGCUUUCUCAACUACUACGAGCCCCACCAAAUCCCCAACUUCCUCCUCGCCUCGCCCAUCGUCUUCCUCUCCGCCUGGGGCAUCUUCUCCUUCCUCCGCCACUUUUCGUUAUUCACCACCUCGUCAUCGUCAUCAUCUUCAUCAUCUUCAUCAUCUUCAACCACUCCAUCAUCAUCACCACCAACAUCUUCGUCUUCUUCAUCAUCAUCAACUUCAAUGCCAACCGAGCCGUAUCUCGAGGCGGAGAUGGUGCCGUUCGUCGGGUACUGGGCGGUGCUGUUGGUGGUGGGCGUGCUGUUCAUGCACGUGCAGGUCAUCACCCGCUUCCUGUCGGCCUGCCCCGCGCUCUACUGGUUCUGCGCCAACUUCUACGACGGCACUGGUGACGUCAGCAGCACCACGACAAAGCCAAAGAACGAAAGCGAAGCGGCCAAGGAGGAGCGGAGGAGGAAGAGGCGGCGGUCGAGGAAGGUGCGGUCGUGGAUGCAGUACCUGAUCGCGUUCUACUUCCUGGCCUACACGCUCAUUGGCGCUCUGCUCUUCUGUAACUUUUAUCCCUGGACCUAA